UUUUUUCCGGGAAAAUAAAAAAAGUUUCUGUUUUUGUUUUUGUUUUUGGUUUCGAAUUAAAAGGGUGGGCAUUAAAUGUUGUUUUUCCAUGGCUGAGGAAUUUUUAUUAUUAGUAUGAUGAUGAAAGGGUUGGGUUUGGUUUGGUUUUGUAAUUUAAUGUUUGAAAACCAAAGGAGGGGAGGGGAGGCAUUAAAAGAAGAAAGAGAUUGUGUACCCUCUCUCCCUUUUUACUAGACUUAAAAGUUUUUUUUGUUAUCUCUUUCUCUCUUCUCUCUGUGUUCUUAUUUCUUGCAGAGAUAGUGAUUUUUUAAUUGACCUUUGAACAUCCCUUUUUACAUUUGUAUUAACAGCCAAAAAGUAUCUGGCUUUUUUUUUUCUCUAUUCAAAAGGGUUUGAUUUUUUUCUUACAAGUGAUUCGGAAUCUUCUCUUCUUAGGGUUUUUGUUUCCUUGUAAAUGGUGGAAGAGGGUUGAGUUUGAGUCUCUUCUGUAUCAACUCUGAUCAAAUCGCGACUGGUGUUUGAAGAUAUAGCUCUGCUUUGUUGAAGGGUUCUUCUCUUUAUGCAAGAUCUACUCUCUUGAACGAUGAGAGCAGAUAAUGAUCACGCGCUUGGUAACUCGGUAGAGAGUUGCAAAGAUGAUACUACUAAGCCUCAUCAACUCCCUAAAGAGAACUGGAAAGAUGCAGAGGUAAAGAUUUCGGAUAACGGGAAGACCAACAGCAAUGUUUGUGAGUUGUUCUAUGAUACAAGAAGCGGCGACGAAUGGGAUAAAGAGAACGAUGGAAACAUAUUGGAACCUCAUUCUUGUGGAGACUCCGAUGAGGCCAGGAAGCAAAUCCGAGAUACUAGUCAUGAUUGUGUUGCUGCUAGAGGGGAUUCUCCUGAGAAACUUGAUCCGGUUUUCUAUAUGGACAAGAAUGUUACCGCCUGUGAUUUACCUGAGAUUGUUGUUUGUUACAAGGAGAAUGGUUACCAUGUCGUCAAAGAUAUAUGUGUGGAUGAAGGUGUGCCUGUUCAAGAGAAGUUCUUAUUUGGCGAGAAGGAUUCUGUAAAAUCCAGCUCAAACUCAAACCAGUGUGCCUCAGAGGAAUUGAAGAAAUCAGACAAAACAGAUGUGAAUCCUUCAGAAACGAAGUCCUUGGAAGACAGCAACAGUAAGGUUGAUGUUUCUGAGGUUUGUAAUGGUAAUAAGACAGUCCAAGAUGUUGAAGAAUCUUCAAGAGAAGAUUUUGCUGAUGCUGAAGGUUCUAGCAAUUACGAUCAAGAUCAUUUGAUUGUGACAGAGGAAAUCAAGGACUCGCCCACGCUUGCUUUAAAUCCAUCUGAAAUUUCUCCUGAAGUUGAAUCUGAAGAGAAUUUGAAGGAGGGAGUGACUAUUUCAUCGGACAAUGUCUUAGGGGAAACUGUGACCUUGGGAGAUAUUCUUUCAAGGGAAGAUGAGCAAAAAUCUCUCAAAAACGACAAUGGUAACAGCCAUGAAGAACAUUCUCCUCCUCAGCUUCAGGACAAGGAACAAAGAAGCUUAGAAACCACUGGUCUCGAAUCAGAGGAGCCAAAAACAGCAGAAGAGAAGCUUUCCUCUGCUUCUACAACAACCUCUCAAGAACCAAACAAAGCUUGCAACGACCCUGAGAAGCCUGAAACUGAGAAUCAUCAGCAAAACCGCUUAGUGGAAAACUCUCACGAAGAUGAUAACCUUUCCUCGAGCAGAUUUGGAGAGACAAGUUUCUCUGCAGCAGAAUCAGUUUCAAUUUCAGGUCACAUAACAUACUCAGGACCAAUUGCAUAUUCUGGAAGCCUCUCUGUUCGAUCUGAUGCAAGCACAACGAGUGGAAGAUCCUUCGCUUUCCCUAUAUUGCAAUCAGAAUGGAACAGUAGUCCUGUAAGAAUGGCAAAAGCUGACAAGAGAAGACAAAAAGGAGGAUGGAGACACACUCUUCUCUGCUGUAGAUUCUCUUGAUGCCUCUCCUCCAUAAAUUUAGUCCUAAAGCUUUUCUACUUUGAAGCACAGAAGAAGAAGAAAGAUCUACUAAAUUUACAAUAUUUUCUUAAAUUUGGAGUGCUUUUUUUCAGUACUGAAAGUAAAUAAUUUUCUUCUCUUUUAUUUUUCUUUUGGGUGAGUGAUUUAUAGUCAUGCCUUGGUGUGUGUAAUUGGCAUUUUGGUAGUUUACUAUUUUGGGUUAACAGUUUUAGGGGGGAUAUAAGUUUUGGUUUCAGAAUGGUUGGUUUAUGUGUAGCCGAUGCGUUUAUUAUAAUUUUUACAAUGAAGAGUCUUUUAGAUUAA